GCGCAACCUUUAUAGGCUUUCCGUGAAAACUGCUUCCUAAUAUGCAGUAGUGGUGAAUCGAUAACGCGAAGCAGACGCGUCGAUUUUCGUGCGCGCUGUAAUCGUCGUAUUAUGUAAACAGAUUCAUCAUGAGCUCAAAAACUGUAUUAUUUAGUGUUAUGAUCUUUAUUUUAAAUAGUGCAAGAGGACAAAAAUCAUCACAGAAUGCUUUGUUGGAAUGUCCAUCACUCGACAAGGGCGAUAGCUACACGCAGUCGGAGUUUCUAUCACGCCUGGCCCACGAGUGUCGCUACGACCGACUGCUCCUCCCUACUUAUCAGACAGGGGAAGUGGUGUAUGUACAUGCCAGCGCUUACGUAUACUUUAUACAACCCGCUGAAGCACACGAUUUGAAUUUCAAAUUGCAUUUCCUUCUACAAUUAAGAUGGACGGACGCGCGGCUUGCAUACACCUUAUAUUCACCUGAACGCACGAAAAUUAUCGGAGAGAGCGAUCUCCGACAGCGAAUUUGGGUUCCUCAUUUGUACAUGUCCAACGAACAAUCGUCAAGUCUCAUGGGAACCGACAGUAAGGAUGUGCUAAUCUCAAUAGCACCUGAUGGAGAGGUUUUGUUCAGUCGUCGAAUGCAAGCAGUUCUAUACUGUUGGAUGAAUCUCCAGAAAUUUCCGUUUGACGACCAAAAGUGCUCAAUGAACCUAGAGAGUUGGAAAUACAACGCUUCUAUUUUACGUUUAAUGUGGGAAAAGGAAAAUCCAGUCCGACUUUCUUCUGAACUACAUUUAACUGAAUACUCUCUCCUAGACUUUUGGACGAACGAGUCUGUUGUCAGAGGCGAUAUAGUCAAUAUGCGCCUAGGAGGUAGAUCUGGUAACUACAGUGCAUUGAAAUUUACCUUUAAAUUGGGCCGAGAAGUGGGUUACUACCUUAUGGAUUAUUUCAUUCCUUCAAUGAUGAUAGUUGCUAUGUCAUGGGUUACAUUUUGGUUACAAGCUGAUGCUUCUGCACCGAGAAUCACAUUAGGAACAAGUACGAUGCUAUCAUUUAUCACACUUGCGUCGUCACAAGCGAAGACUUUGCCUAAAGUUUCUUACAUCAAAGCCAGUGAAAUCUGGUUCCUUGGUUGCAUUGGCUUCAUCUUCUCAGCCUUGGUGGAGUUCGCUUUUGUUAACACAAUUUGGCGCAGAAAGAAAGUGGUGAAUUUGAAGAAAGUGAACAGCAAGUAUAUUCUUAAGAGCACGCUUACGCCUCGACUGGCGCGCAAGGAGCUGCAGAAGGAGUUGCGGGAGUCGUCGCCGCAGCUCAGCAAGUCGCGCUCAUGCUCCUCGCUGCAGCAGGAGACCAGCAGCGACCCCGCCGGACCCGGAUAUAACAAUUACCUUACUGUACAUAGCUUCCCAUCUGCCCUCAACUUGCCAACAAUCACAACACAGAGCUACGACGACCUAAUAGCUUCGGGCGGCAGGCAACCUCGCAACAACGGCAGCGAGGGUUCUGACGAACCCCCCCAACACCACACUUGGACUCAGAUGACCCCGCAAGAGAUCGCAACUUGGAUAGACAAGCGAUCUCGUCUCUUGUUUCCUCUCCUUUUUAUAUUCUUCAACAUUGUCUACUGGACUUUCGUCUAUUGUCUAUGAUUCAUUAAUUAUUUUGUCUUGACUAAUGUAGUAAUAAUGACGAUGGAAUUUUGUUCCUAUAAUGUAUUAUCAUUAUAAAUUAUGUUUAUCUGUUAAACAUGUUUAAUUAUUUCAUGUGUUAAAGAUAUCAUUGUUAUUUUUUUAUAUCUAGUUUUAGUCUUAUAGAAUCUACUCUCGAAUCUUUUAGAAAGUUUUUCGUAAAUAGGCAUGUUUUUUUAUUUAACUUUUUAUCGUCUUCGAAGGUCUAGUAACUAGUUGAAUUUAAGUAGAAAAAGUCAUUUUUUUAUUAUAUUAUUGCUAGCUGUUGUUUUUAUCUCGUAAAGUAAUCUGAGGGCUAAGUAGCUUGAGUGUAAAAAAGUGUAAGUUCAAGGAGGAACAAUAAAAACGAUAACAUUCUCUGAACACAUUUUUAACUAUCUAGUUCUGUUAAUAUAACUUGAAUAUAUCUAGUUUUACAAAUAUUAUUCAGAAUCUUGUUUAAAAUGUGGUCCAAACUUAUAUUAUUUUAUAUAGUUGUUGAGUUUAAUGAAACUCAUCGAGUAAAAAAUAGUCAUAUUACUUAGAAUAGGUAUUUAUUAUAUUAAUAUU